GUCGCACACAAGAAAAGAAGAAAAAAAGUGAGAAAUCCGGCUCCUUCUUCUUUGUCAACUCUGGAACGCCGAUCGAACUUCACAAUAUGGAAAGGGGGGAACAACGACGGGGGCCAAGCAGCGGCCCAGGCCGCUGUAAUGGUGGUCGCCGGCAAUGGUGGGCCGCGGCGACGGCGGACUGGUGGCAGAAGCUCCGUUCAGAGGUCAACAGUAGCUCUCCAACUCCUUCAAGCUUCAAUUUCAUCAUCUUCUUCAACAAACUGCAGAAGGCAAAAAAUGAAGUUCAAGUUUAAAAAGAAUAGAUUGAUUUUGGGUCGGAAGCCAAAACCCAUCAUUAAAUCAACAAAAGAAGAGUAGCCCAACACUCCUCUCCUCCUUCCUCUUUAGUCGCACGGAAGAAAAGAAGAAAAAAAGAGAGAAAUUGGGCUCCUUCUUUGUCAAUUUUGGAACGGCGGUCGAAGUAACACAACCUCCAACGUCUAUCCAUCAAUUUCGUCAUUCAUUUCUCCAACGGGAAUAAUUUAGCUCCUCCACU